UGGGACUAAGCUGGGGGUGGAUGAGUCGUGGAAGGGGGGCGACAUUAAAAUCCACUGACCCCCCUAACGCUCUCAGCUAGUCCGGGAUGUUCAGCGAAGCAGCCUUUGACGGAAACUUAUUGUGGUCAAGGGGUAAGAAACCGUCUCAAACAAGUGGAUUAAGUGAGAGAGAGCGCAAGCGAGGGGGAAGCGAGUGUAUACGUACGCAUGUGUGUGUGUGUGAGAGAGAGAGAGAGAGAGAGAGAGAAAGCGAGAGGACGAGAGCGUGGGGGGUGUUUGAGUUGCCGCUGCUUGUGCCGGUGAAGAGGAAAUAAUCACAGUGUUGCUUCCUCAUGAAUUAUUAAGAAGCCCCCCCAGCCUCUUUUAGCUUGAGUCAAAAUGCUGCAUUUUCCUCUGUUGCUGUAAAGCAAAGAGGAGAUUUGUUGUAUGUUUUUUUUUUUGUUGUUGUUGUUUUUGCUUUCCUAGGUGUAUCACAGCUGGUAAGCAGGACUCGUAAGCGUGCCGAACAAGUGCUCAGAUGAGCAGUCCGAGCGCAGCACCAGGAGCAUCAGCACUGGAGAGCUGGAACUGAGAGACAGAAGCAGUUCCUUCCACUGCACGCGACAGCAGCGGCCACUCUCGCUCUCGCUCUCGCUCUCGCUCUGCAUGCUUUUUUUCCCUUCAUUUCUUUCUGGAGUUGAGAUCUUGUUCGUCAGAGCAACGGGACUUAGUGGAUACUGGGGCUCCAAGCUGUUAUCCAAGCAUCCCAAACGCAGACCUGGCUGCCCACAUGCCGAUCGAAUUUGUUUGCAAAAUCAAAUUUGCAGAGGAGGAUGAGAAGCAGAAAGGCAACCAGGAUGGGGACAAGGAGAGCCUGAUCGAGGAGAGCUGCAGCCCCCCAGCCAAAGACCUGGCCGGCUUCGCCAAUGCGUGCUCGCUCCAUGGGAUUAACCACAUCUUUGUGUCGGGCCGGCUGGGCGUCAGACAGACCCUCUGGGCUCUUGCGUUCCUGGUGUCCCUGGCUCUCUUUCUAUACCAGGCGGCAAAGUGUGCCAUCUCCUACCUGGAGCAUCCUCAUGUCACGGCACUGAAUGAGGAGGCCACCCCGGAGAUGGUGUUCCCCGCCGUGACCAUCUGCAACAUCAACCGUUUCCGCUUUUCCGCUCUUACUGACGCCGACAUCUACCACCUGGCCAACCUGACCGGCUUGCCCCCAAAAAACAAGGAUGGCCACAAGCCCACCGAUUUGGAGUAUCCGGCGCCGGACAUGCAGGACAUCUUCAACCGGACGGGUCACCAGCUGGAAGAGAUGCUAAAGAGCUGCAACUUCAGUGGGCAGAACUGCUCGGCCGAAGAUUUUACAGUGGUCUACACAAGAUAUGGGAAAUGCUAUACUUUCAAUGGGAACAAAACAACCUCCAGGAAGACAAAGCAAGGAGGGAUGGGAAACGGACUGGAGAUCAUGUUGGAUAUCCAGCAGGAUGAAUAUCUACCUAUCUGGAAAGAGACAAAUGAAACAUCUUUAGAGGCAGGAAUCCGUGUUCAGAUCCACAGUCAGGAUGAGCCGCCCUACAUCCAUCAGCUGGGCUUUGGAGUCUCUCCGGGAUUCCAGACCUUUGUUUCCUGUCAAGAGCAAAGGUUGACCUACCUGCCCCAGCCUUGGGGGAACUGCCGCUCCACCAGUGAGCAGAUGAUCCCAGGUUACGAUACCUACAGUAUCAGCGCCUGCCGCCUGCGCUGCGAGACUCUCGAGGUUCAGCGUGUGUGCAAAUGCAGGAUGGUGCACAUGCCGGGAGAUGCCGAUAUCUGUACUCCCAGCAAUAUCAAAUGUGUGGACAAAGCACUUGCACUGCUACAGACAAGUUCAGGUGACACAUGCUCGUGUGAAACUCCCUGUAACCUGACGCGUUAUGGUAAAGAGCUGUCCAUGGUUAAAAUCCCCAGCAAAGGCUCGGCUCGCUAUCUGUCUAGAAAAUAUGACAAGUCUGAAGACUACAUCAGAGACAACUUCCUUGUUUUGGACAUUUUUUUUGAAGCGCUAAAUUAUGAAACAAUAGAACAGAAAAAGGCAUAUGACGUGGCUGGAUUAUUAGGGGACAUUGGCGGGCAGAUGGGUCUUUUUAUAGGAGCCAGUGUUCUCACCAUCUUGGAGAUUCUGGAUUAUGUAUAUGAGGUGAUCAAACACAGGUUGGAGCGUUUGCUCGGGUCACAAAGAGAUGACAAAAAGCAAACCCAGCAGCAGCAACAGGCCAGCACAGUGGCCACAGUAAAGCUGGAGGAAAUGAAAGCUAAGGAUUCUGGCGAGAUGAGCCGGAGCCACUCGGAGGGAGCUUAUGCUAACACCAUCCUCCCAAAUCACCAUCACCACCACCGUACCCACCACCGAGUGUUCGAAGACUUUGCCUGCUAGGAAAACCCGUCUGGCGGGUCUAGUGCUGUUGACGUCUAGAGAAAGAGUUCUCUCAUUGCUGAAGGUGGGCUCAAUGAAAGACCCUCAAAUCUCAGCGCUAAUCUCUCUCGCUGUCACCAGUUAAAGCUACAGCCAAAGCCGAACUCUAAACCCUCGCUUCUAGGCAUGGAUCGGACAUUGUGGUCCAGCAGGAGACUCUCUGAAAUCCUGUCCUCCCCACUCCCAACCCCCCACCCGCCUCCUAUUGCAGGAAGUGACAUCAGUGGCAACUCUACGAUUUCUACACUGAAUACCUUGAUACUGGGCCUCUACUAUAUCAAGGCAUAGACUGCAUGACAUCUAGAGCCACUUUAUACUCCAGAUCCUGUUUGAAGCAUUACAUUCUUACUUUAUAUUUUGUCAGCUGUUAAGAGUUUUAUUCGGUGAGUUCUCAUCUUGUGAAAUAUUAUAAUUCAGAUUAAUCUACAAAUGUAAAUGAUGUAUUUGAAUCAUGAUUGUCAACCCUUAGGCUCCAGAGCGUAAGAGAAAUAACUUUACUCUGGUAUACUCUUUCUCUGAAAUUAUGGGGACGGUGUAGAAUAGUUUGUGUUGAAGAAAAGUAAUAUGUAUCCAUCUCUACUGGAUAUGUCUGGUAAGUGUUUCCUUUAUCUCAAAUGGUUUACGAUUAUGUUACCUUAAAGUAUAUUGAAUAAUCCAAAAAAUUUUGUAAAGUUAUUUAUAGAGCUGUAACGUGUGAGUGGUAAUGGGUGUCAUUAGCAGUAACAACAUAAUCUUCUGUGAGGUUACUUCCCAACGGAGAGCCAAAUGAUGUGUACAGUAAAGCCCACCAGAGCCAUUGUGGUAACCAUAUGGAAAAGGUUUGUUUCAUCCAUCCAUCAGCUGAUGGAUCCACUCUCCCAGACCUCCCAAAAGUGUUUAAUAAAACAGACCUUAUGUUCCUAGUUUCACUUUUGAAUGAGACAGAGUGCAGCGGUCCCAGGAGAAUGAUAAACCGGUUUUACUCAGCACACUCGCAAAGUAUGAGCAAUCUGAUGCACCGCAGCGUAUGGCUUCACGUUUAAAAAUCAGUCGAUGAGUUUUUCUCAGGGUUCUUAGCUGUGAAAUGCCUAGCGGUCUCUUUGACAAAAGGCCAGAUGUGCAAAGCAUUUCAAUCAGAAAACAUAGGCUUUUCUAUGUGUGAAAAAUUCAGCGAGUACUGACAUUCAAUGACAAUUCAAAGAUGAAAAACAUUUCCAUUUCAGCUACAGUCCUAAUGGCGUAAAUGCUGGUAUCGAAUUUGUGGUUUCAAAUAUGGCUGAUAUUACUGUAAGUCAACCGUGUAGCACCCCUAACUUUUUUUUUUGUUUUUUUUGGCUUUUUGGAAAUGCAUUACUUUGUAAUCAGACAUUUCAGGUGCAGUUCUUGUAUAAUUAAUGUCUGAUGAUUUUAUUAGCUUAAUGGGUGUUAUAAUUUAUUAUGAUGUGUGUAAGACUUCAUUGUUUAAAGGUUGUGUUAUUAAAAUGAGCAGAAAUAUAUACAAAUAAAUGAUUUAUAUAGUACUAAAUCUUAUAUAGCAUUGCACACACACACAUAAAUAUAUAUAUAUUCAUAUAUACUGUGCUCAAUUUUCUCGUGCGCAUUUAGUACUCGUUUCCGUAACUUUUUUCUUUUAUUUACCUACAUUCACAAACUACAGAAUUAUUUCAAAAGUUACACAGCUUUGUAUCCUCUAUAGUUUAGUUCCUCUCUGUUGGGUAGAUUCUGUCUUAGCGUUUUCAUAUCUUCUGGAAUGCAUCUUAUUUGUAUGUCAUAUCAAAAACACGCUGCAUAUAUUCCAUCUAUAAAAAGUAAUCAUGUCUAAUAUGUGCUUUUAAUAUUCAUAAAACUGUAUCACAGUGGCAUUUUAAAGUUUCCCAGGCAGAGUUUUGAUGGCACACUGAGCCGGUUAUGCAUAAUAAUACAGUUUACUGUCAUAAAUUACUGUGCUGUCAGCAGUAAAAAAGCAGAAUAGCUGACAUACCAGUGCAUGUCCAGGAAUUGCACUGGAACAAAUCACUCAGAUUUGAUUUGGCAUUAUCUGUCAACCUCAUGCACUCAUGCACAGUUGUACAUUUCUGCAUUUGUGGCCUAUCUUACCUGUGCAGAAGGAAUUGCUCCAAAAGUUGAAAUGCAAUUGGGUGUGCACGACUUGCCAUUAUUGUGGAAAGAGUUUUCUAGCAAAUAGCAGUGAUUCUGUGCAAUCCAAAAGGCAGAUCUGCAUCAAAAGGGGGAUAUAGAUGCUUCCACGUUAAUUAAACAUUUCUCCAAACUGAGGUCAGUGUUGCAGCAUUGUCAAGCAAUUAACAUGGCUACCUUUUCCCACGUAGAUUGUAUUUACUCAUGGUUUCUUACAAAUUACAUCACUUUCUUGAAAUACUUCAGGUGGAAGAUUAUGAGGGAGAAAUUGAAGAGAAUGUAGGAAGAGGAAAGGGAAAAGAGAGAGCAAUAUCGAAGGCACAGCAGGAACAACCGAAAGCAACUUGUGGUUUGGGACAAUGUCCAAUUCCAGCAUGUAGCGCUGGUGCGUGAGUGGAUUAAAAAUCACCCACAUUUUGUUAUAGUGUUUCUUCCAGCAACUUCUCUAUUUUUAAAUUCAGUUAUAGAGUAAUUCGUCUGGGGAUGGAAAGAGUUUCGACCGCAACUUCUUACAUCCAAUGUAAACGGAUUUAAUAUUUGCACCUUUUCUUUUCUUGGGUCCAUAACUUGGAAUGCGUUACCAGUGUUGAAGUAUUUUAAAUUCCAAUUCAAGAUCAUUCUGGUCUCAUGGCAUUAAUGUACCUUGGUGCACUUUUUAGCGAGGCAUGAAAUACGUACCAAUAAGUGCAUAUCGUUGCAAUUUCCAAAAGAAAUGAACACUAGAGGCACUAAAACUCUGACACCUUGUAUUCCUUGUCACACAAAUUUACAGAGUUUUGAUUAAUAAAGCAUAAUCUUCAUAGAAUUACUUAAAGAAUAUGAUGUGACGUAAGAUUAAUAUGCUGGGAUAUUUGAAAACUGAUGCUUUUGAACACUAGCAUCAUCCAUAUCCGGCUUCAUAUCUAUGGGUUUUCAUAGACUUUCAUAGGUCUGUUCGGUAGCUCAUGGAGUACAGAGAUGUACUUGAGAGGCCAGGAGCUCUGGUUUGAAUCCUGUUAGGGUUGGAUUUGGUGUAGGGCAUAUUUCCAGCAUGAUAAAGCUCUAACUUUUAGCAACAGUCCAUUGAUAUCUAAAUUCUAAACCACCGCAAUAUAUACUUAUAUAUCACACUAAUAAAAAAAUGACGUUGCACAAAAAGUGCACAGAGGUACAUAUUGUUAUGAGACCAGCAUUCUUCUGUUGUGAAUAUUGUUCAGCCCUUGCCCGAUGUUUGGAUGGCUGCGUUAGUUGUUUUAAAUACUGAGUUUAUUUUGGAAGGGGGAAAAGACAGAAAAAUUGAUCCAGAAAACGGUGAUGUUCCGUCAUCUGAUAUUGUUUCAUCUUCAGAUGUCAGUUCUAUUCUGAUCCAAAUGGCGCAGUGUUGAGCUCUAUGUGUGUAUUUUUAAAACUGUGCUACGCUGCUUUAACUUUGACAUGCUGUUUUUUUCCACCCGCUUUUGCCAGCCAGACCACCAUUUAGCUCCUAGAGGGGGCCAUAAAACGAGGCACUGAAGCAGCAUAUAGCGCAAACAGACUGUUGAGAUUUCCACACGAUUAAAGGCAUCAAGACUAAUCAGGCUAAUUACCCAUUACACUCCAGAACCUAAUGGACUGUAUACCAGACUACAGAGAACACAUAAUACAGUUUGCACAAAGGUCUGCUGUUAUGACCGUGAUUUCUGUUAGAACACAUUUUAUAAAUGUAACAAUGGCACGUACUGGAGUCCAAAAAUAAAAUAUUGAUAAAUUCAUCACUUCGGUUCUGGUCACUGAGAUGCAAGCCCUCCACACCAUGUGCUUUUUGAUGGCUUAUGAUUCUACUGAGGAUGCUGGACAACUUA